CUUCAUUUCGUCGCGUCAUGUGUGAUGCCAUAUUUCAUGUUCGGGUAAUAUCACGCUUCUCCAAAAUGAGUGAAACGGAGAGUCAAAUGGAAGAAACUGGUGUGGAAAGCGAACAAACAAUCGAGUGUCGCGCGUGUUUGCAAAUCCUUAAUAAGGACUGUGUUUUAUACAAUAUAUUCGAGGGUUGGACGCCGCCUUGGGAUGGAAUGGAAAAUAGUAUAGCUGAGGACUUAGCGAAAAUAGCAAAUGUACAGAUAUCAGAAUCGGAUAGACAUUCUAAAAUAAUAUGCGAAACAUGCUGUCAGCUGUUGUUACGUGCAUGCAAUUUCACGGCGAUUGUUAAGAGAAAUGAUGAAAUACUCCGACAGAGGUACGAAGAGGAUAAAACACAGCUUAAUUUGUCUGAUGAUAGAGUAUGGCCAAAGCCGAUCCAAGUGGAUAAGUCAAUAGUUAAAUUUAUGUAUGAGGAUGUCGAUACUAAGAAAGAAACUGUGUCAGAUGACGAGGAGUAUCCUUCUGCAAAUGGGUCGUACGAUCCGUCUCAAGAUGACUUACCAAACUUAGAUAUCAUUAAAGUUGAACCUGAGGAAAUCAUUCAGCAACAGCCUUCACAACUACACAUAGCCGUUAAUGAUCAUGAGUUAAAUAAACCGGUCAACAAGGAAAAAACCAAGGAUAGUGCGAAAAUAUCCGACGAUGAAUUAAUUUUACGCCGUAAGAGAAAAAACGCUGAAAGAGUUCGUGCUUAUAGAGCAAGGAAAAGGGCUCUCAAAUACGAACAAUUCUUGUUGAAUGAAUCUUUAAAUUCCAAAAAAUCAAAUUUGACAAACGGAAACAGCGACAGUGGAGAAAUUGCAAACGACGACGAACGACGAAGAGUAUCAUCAAGGGUACGCUUUGAAAGAUAUCGUUAUAAAAUACGACAUUCUAUCAUAAAAAAAUUUGAACGCGCGAGUGAUGAUACACAAAUUCCCGGACCAUCAUACGGCGGUCCGGAGCUCACAAUUAAGGAAUCAGGGAAGGAUCAGAGAAUCACCAUUCAUAAUUCACAGAUUCCACGAAGAUCCGCAAAUAGGAAAAUUCCAAAAGUUGUUUAUUUUUUUUAAUAUCUUUAUUAGAGACUUUUAUGUAUAAAUGUUACGAAUGAUUAUUUAGUAAAUUUAAGUGACUCUGAGAAUAAUUGUGCAGGACCUUCACGAAGAACCAAUAAUGUAGGGGAUAUAAUUAGUCUAGAAACAGAUUUCUUUAUUUGUUAUGUGACCUAACUUCUUAUUUUAUUAUAAGUAACGGGAAAACGAGAUAGAAUCUAAUAAACUAAUUUGUUGUUUA